AUGACCAUUCAUUAACAUUUAGGAUAAGAUACAUCUCACUAAAAAUAUCUCCAUACAAAACCAACAACAAAUAACCAAAUUCAACACAUUAUCACACAAAAGAUACCAUGAAAACUCUAAUUUUUGCAUCAAACCCAUCUCUCCAUUUCUCAAAACAUUCUCCAUUCAAACCAAAAUUACCAAUUUUUCACCCCAAAACAUCAAAAAAAUUCAACUACCAAUUAACCACAUUGAAACCACAAGCAAGUGCAAAAGGCUUCUCCAAUACAAGAAAACCAUCAUCAACAAAUAAAAAAAUUAAUGAUGUUACUAUCAUGAAGAAUCCCAACAAAAAGAAUAAUGAUGAAGAAGAUGAGCUUCCUAAAGUAGUUAUGUAUAGAAUAAUAGGUAGAAUAUUGUUUAGUGUUUUAGUUCCAAUGGCAUUAGGAUUAUCAUUUUUGCAUCUUUAUGGUGAGUUAAAAGAAAGAGAAAUAUGGAAUGGUCCUUUAUGGGUACCAUUUAUGACAACUCUUAUAACUUUUGGAGCUUCUUCACUUGGAAUUGCAUAUGGUGUACUUUCUAGUAGUUUGGAUGCUGAGAGAGAAGGUACUUUGCUUGGGUUUCAAGAAAUUGAGAAGAAUUGGGUUGAGAUGUGGCAACAAGAGGAUGUAAGUGAUGAUUAAAUUCGUAGCUAGCGCCAUUAUUAUUGAUGAUACAACAAUGUUUUAUAAACAUGCAAUUUUUCGCUACCCCAUUUUGUUAAUCACAUGUAAUAUUAUAUCGUAGUUAAUUCAGUUGAAUAGAUGGUUAAUUUAAACCACAAUGAUAUUUGUGAUUAA